AUGGCUGGCAACGCACUGCCAUGUCUUGUUUCUGAAGAGCUUCAAGAUGAAGAAGGAAACCUCCUUUUAGAUCCGGAGGCAGAAGAACGGAUCAAGUGGGGUAGCGGUGUUCUCUUUCUCGGCGGAAGUGAUACCACAGUCGCAUCUAUUCAGAUGUUCUUGGUGGCCAUGCUGCUAUUCCCGUCUUCCCUUCUUCGGGCACAGCAAGAGAUGGAUGAAGUCAUUGGCAGUGACCGCCUGCCAAGAAUCGAGGAGAAGGAUCAGCUUCCGUACUGUGCCGCCAUGGCUCAGGAGGUUCUUCGAUGGAAUCCGGUUGUCAACUUAUCCCUUCCCCAUGUGCUUACUGAGGAAGAGGAGUAUGAUGGAUAUGUUUUGCCUCGCGGCAGCAUAAUUGUGGCAAAUAUCUGGUUCGUGCCUCUGCGAUCUGUUGUAUUCUCAAUCCCAAUCGAUCACGCUAGGGCCAUGACACAUGAUCCUGCAUUCUACCCGGAUCCCAAUAUCUUUCGGCCGGAACGUUUCCUGACACUUGAAGGUAAGCUUCGCACUGUUAUAGAGGACGGACGAGAGGUGUUUGGGUUUGGACGACGCAACUGCUCGGGCAGUCAUUUAGCCGAGGCGUCUAUUUUUGCAUUUGUCUGUACUUUCGUGUGGACAGCCAACCUGCGGGCAUCGUCUUAA